AUUUUGUCUGGCUAUAAGAAAACUCAGCCAAGCAGCAAAGUUCCUGAUUAGAGCCGAAGUUCCUCUUUGUGCAAUGGACGGCCGCCUAGAGACUGAAUUGUAUCCUAUGGGAUCGAAUUACGCAGAAUUAGAUGUGGUCCAUGACAUUGCAGUUGGUACGAAGAGAGGAUCUGACGAGCUUUUCUCCUGUGUAUCCAACGGGCCAUAUAUCAUGAGUUCAGCAGCUAAUGGCAAUGACAGUAAGAAGUUUAAAGGUGACAUCAGAAGUCCUGGUAUUCCAUCUCGUGUGAUACAUGUACGUAAGCUCCCAAGUGACAUCAAUGAGGCUGAGGUCAUCUCUCUAGGCCUUCCCUUUGGCAAAGUCACCAACCUGCUCAUGCUGAAAGGAAAGAACCAGGCUUUCCUUGAGAUGAACACAGAAGAAGCAGCCCAGACUAUGGUCAGCUACUACUCCUCAGUCACACCAGUCAUCAGGAAUCAUCCCAUUUUUAUGCAGUAUUCCAACCACAAAGAGCUGAAAACAGACAAUUCACCAAACCAAGUGAGAGCACAGGCAGCACUGCAGGCUGUGAAUGCAGUCCAGACAGGCAGCAUGUCUAUUGCUGGGGUGGACCCCUCUGGUGUGACUGGCCCCAGCCCUGUGCUCAGGGUCAUUGUGGAAAACCUUUUCUAUCCGGUCACCCUUGAUGUCCUGCACCAGAUCUUUUCUAAGUUUGGCACAGUGUUGAAGGUAAUUACAUUUACAAAGAACAACCAAUUCCAAGCUCUUCUACAGUUUGCUGAUGGUCUUACGGCUCAACAUGCAAAGCUGGCCCUGGAUGGACAGAACAUCUACAACGCCUGCUGUACUCUGCGCAUCAGCUUUUCCAAGCUGACUAGUUUGAAUGUCAAGUACAAUAAUGACAAGAGCCGGGACUACACACGACCUGAUCUGCCCACAGGGGACAGCCAGCCUGCUAUUGAACACCAUGCGAUGGCAGCUGCAGCUUUCGCUACUCCUGGAAUCAUUUCUGCUGCCCCAUAUGCUGGCGCCCAUGCCUUCCCUCCAGCUUUUGCUAUUCAGCAGGCUGCAGGAUUGGCUGUGCCUGGUGUUCCUGGAGCCCUGGCUUCUCUGGCUAUCCCUGGGGCCGCAGCAGCUGCAGCAGCAGCAGGCAGACUGGGCUUCCCCACCCUCUCUGGUGGACACUGUGUCAUGCUAGUCAGCAAUCUGAACCCUGAGAGAGUUACGCCCCAAUGCCUCUUUAUUCUUUUCGGUGUAUAUGGUGAUGUGAUUAGGGUGAAAAUUAUGUUCAACAAAAAGGAGAAUGCUCUGAUUCAGAUGUCUGAUGGCACUCAGGCUCAGCUGGCCAUGAGCCAUUUGAAUGGCCAGAAGUUGUAUGGAAGGGCGCUGCGCAUCACAUUAUCCAAACACACGACUGUUCAGCUGCCUCGUGAGGGACAUGAGGACCAGGGGCUUACUAAGGAUUAUAGUAACUCUCCCCUCCAUCGCUUUAAAAAACCUGGCUCCAAGAACUACUCCAACAUCUUCCCUCCCUCAUCGACCCUGCAUCUUUCCAAUAUCCCUCCUUCGGUCGUUGAAGACGAUCUCAAGAUGCUAUUUUCCAGUUCUGGUGCCAUGGUCAAGAACUUCAAGUUCUUUCAGAAAGACCGCAAGAUGGCCCUGAUUCAGAUGGGUUCAGUGGAAGAAGCAAUCGAAUCACUUAUUGAAUUCCACAACCAUGAUCUUGGCGAGAACCACCAUCUUAGGGUGUCCUUCUCCAAAUCCACCUUUUAGGAGGGAGUAAGAGAGAAGGUGUGGGGGGAAUAAAAAAAGACUGAUUAAGGCUGGAAUAACCAGUCACAAACAAACAUGUUGAGAUGACUUAAGUUUCAAGGAAGCCUCAACCACAAAACACACUUCCAGCAUUCCUCUGUUGUAUUUAUGAAGUAUAUUUAGUGGUUCAUAUGUAAACUUUUUAAGAUAUUUUUUUAAGUGUCUGUGAGGACUAUCACUUAUCCAUAAUUGCCGAUCUUGAUAAGCCUUUGAGCCUUAAAUUUUUCACAACAAAAUUUGUUCCAAUUUGCAUGGGUGAACACUUGCCACUCAGAGGCUUUUGUCCCUUGAAAGUACUGCUCUGCCUUUCCAGGGGUACUUUUUGUGCCUUACUGUUUUUUAAUCUUACUGCUCUUUGAGACCAUAAGUAAUGACGUUUGAUUUACGACGUGGAGUCCAGUGUUUGUUAAACUUAGUUUACAAUCCAGUUGUGUACAUGUCCUUUUGUGUACAUGUAGUUUAAGGUUACAGUCUUUCCUGCAGCCACAGGGCAUUAUUGGGAAGUCAUUUUUACUUGCCUGAUAAUACAGGCACUCAAUCAGCCCCGUUCUCUUUCCACAUUCAACAGCAUUUAAAUUUAUUCACAUAUACUGUAUCUAUAGACAUAGAAUGUUUACAUCCUUUUUUUUUAUUUUUUUUUUAUUUAAAGCAAUCAUUUGUGUGCAAAUCUUAUAUUGUAAGUAUAUUUGUUUUUGAUACUGUUGGCCAUUGCAUGUUGGCUGCUGGCCAGUAGAACCCAUACUACUACUGUGUCUAUGCUCUUUUUCUGUACCUCGUAUAGAUCUUAAGUAUUGCCUUCAUGUAUCAUGUGAUAUUCUGUGUUUUAUAACUAUUCUAUUGUAAUGCCCAAUAUAUUCUAUGUACUCUAGUAGCUUUUUAUAUGUACACUACAGCUUGAAACCAAAGGCUCUGUUAAGCUUACAUUCAUAACAUGUAUUCCUCCCUCUUGUACUUUUGAAAUGACCAACUUAAAAUUCUAAAACAAAACAGUGGCUUAUGUGGGUGGGAACCUCCCUCAAAUUACUGUUUAUACUUCUACCAGUAAGCUUGGUGUCCGUUCUCAGUACAGUAGAUUAUAUUCAGAUUUGUUUUUGAGUUUGAGCUAUUUCCAUUUCUGAGAUUGGGCUAAGUAGUGCACAUUCCUAGCUGACUUCCAGCAAUCCUUCAUGUUUAACUUGUCACAUGAAGAAAUCCUAUGUAGAUACAGAUUCAUUCCUUUUUUUUUAAAUCAAAAAACUAAUUUUCUCUUGGAUACAUACAGUAGCAUAUAAAUGUUUUCUUUUUUUAUGCAUAUCUUUUAUCAAGGUAGCAGGUUUUUGCCUGUGCAUGGGACCAAUGUGGUGAAAUUCCUCAAAGAAGGAAUUCCAGACCAAAAAUCUCUGGAAUUUGAUCUUUUUUUUUGUCAAGAGCAAAAUUGCGAGUGCUGUGCUGUUGAAAAACGUUAUGUACAGAUUUUUGGAAAAUGGCAGGAUUUAAUCUUAUUAUGCACCCUUGCACAGCAUUUGAACAACCUCAGUACACAUCAUCUGCCUUUAAUGAUUUAAUGCUUUCUUUUCCUUAAAGUGGAUAGAUCAGGUGUAAAUAUUAUUUUUGUACCACAAUAAUAAAAAGCAAUAGGUUUUUAUAUCUGAAAGCAGAUGUAUAUUUUGAUUACAGCUGUGGACCAUGAGCAUGCAAAAAAAAAAGUUGGAUUUAUAAAUAAGUAGAGUUGCGCUGUUUUUUCUGUCUUUCAGAAUCUCAUGUUUAACAUUCCUCGAGACAGAGAGUGUACUUUCUGUGUAUUUUUCUUCAUUAAACAUUUGUUUACUCUG